GGAUUAAAUAUAGUUAAAUUAAUGAUUAUGUCAAUUAUUUGGCAUUUAUACGAGAAGAAGAAUAGAAAAUGGCGCAACAUACUUUUUGAUGAAGUUAAAAUAUUAAAUAAAGAUAGCUUUGAUUAUACAAAAUUAGCAAGUCUUUCAAAUUUUAACAUGUUUAUAUCUGAGGUGAUAAGAUAUGAAUCAUCGUUUUCAUUUUUAAAUAAUUAUACAAUUAAAGAUUUUGAAAUGGUUAUUGGUGAAAAAGUUUACAAAUUUAAAAAAGGAACUUAUAUAAUAUCAAAUAUUUAUAUGAUUCAUCAUAAAAAAGAUUCUUUGUUAGAAUUCGAUCCUUCUAGAUUUUUAAAUAAGAAUGAUGAUUUAUGUUUCAUACCUUUUGGUACCGGUGGGCGUAGCUGUCCAGGAAAAUCAAUUGGUUUAUCUAUG